AACUACCUGCUAGGUCGAUCUCCAGACUACUCAACUCUCAACAUCUUAUUCCGUUAAUAUUAACAUGAACUCGUCGAUUUCCUUAGCCUACACAAUUUUCAAGCACCAUGGUUUUUUCCAAACCGUUAUGGCUAAUCAUAUUACUAGCUCUGCAGCCCUCUUCUUCUUGCAUUUCUCUCACUGUCAUUACCCCAAAACAACCCCUCAAAGACGGCGACAUUUUGAUUUCAGCCGGAAAGACUUUUGCUCUCGGGUUUUUCAGCCCGGCGGGAAAUACCCGCAACCGCUACGUCGGAAUAUGGUACUACAAAAUCCCUCAACAAACCGUCGUUUGGGUCGCUAACAGGGACACUCCUCUCAAUGAUACCUCGGGCGUUUUGUCCAUCGACGGUCGUGGAGACCUUGUUAUCUAUGGGAGUAAUAAUAGCAGAAGCUCUGUUUUUUGGUCAGCCAAUGCUUCGGUCCACGACGCAAAUAGCUCCAUGGCUAAGCUUUUAGAUGUGGGAAAUCUCGUUCUACUUCCAAAUAACACUGUCACUGACCAGACUCAGACCCCUUUAUGGCAGAGCUUUGAUUACCCAACAGAUACCAUGCUCCCUUACAUGAAACUCGGGUUGAACAGGGUCACCGGGUUAGAUCGGUUCAUCACUUCUUGGAAGUCGCCCGAAGACCCGGGAACCGGGAGCUGCACAUACCGGUUUGACCCGAAUGGGUAUCCUCAACUGUUCUUAUACAAGGGUCGGGCUCCAUUUUGGCGAACCGGAUCUUGGACGGGCCACGAGUUCUCCGGUGUACCCGAAAUGACGCCAUUUUUCAUCUUCAAUGGAAGUUACGUGGACAAUCAAGAUGAAAUCUCGACGAUGUACGGUCUUCUCAACGACUCAAUUUUCACGAGAUCGGUGGUCAAUGAAUCGGGAAUGGUUCGUCGAUCCACGUGGCACGAUCAGACGGAGAAAUGGCAAGAGUUUUGGUCCGCGCCGAGGGAGUUGUGCGAUAAUUACAGGCAUUGUGGGUCGAACGGAAUCUGUGACCGGUCGAAUGUGGAUAGGUUCGAGUGCAAGUGCUUACCCGGGCUCGAACCCAAGUCGCCCGGAGAUUGGUUCUUGAGAGACGGAUCGGGUGGGUGCGUGAGGAAGCAAGGGCUAGCUCCCACGUGUGGGAAGGGAGAAGGGUUCGUGAAGUUGGCACGUGUGAAGAUACCGGACACUUCAAAGGCACGUGUGAAUAUGAGGUUGAGUUUGGAAGCGUGUGAGAAAGAGUGCCUAGGCAAUUGCUCGUGUACGGCCUACGCGAGUGCGCGAGUGAGUGGUGGUGGGGUUGGGUGCUUGACAUGGCACGGUGAUCUGGUGGACUCAAGGACAUAUCCAACGUCGGGGCAAGAUUUUUACGUGCGAGUUGAUUCAAUAACAUUAGCCAAAUAUAAAAAGGAGUCUAAUGGUUCUAUAAGCAAGACUGGGAAGGUGGCAAUUGCGCUGGGUUCUUUUGCAGUACUAUUAAUCAUCUUGUUUCUUUUCAUGUAUUGGUGGGCAAGGACUAAAAGGAAAGCGAAAGAACGACAAAUAAAAUAUGGUCACAAUAUUUCCAAAAGCUUAAGUACUUAUUUUGACGACUUUUCCGUUCAAAGAGAUUUAGACGAAAGUGGCUCAGAGUUGCCAGUCUUUGAUCUAAAAACCAUAGCUGCAGCCACAGAUAAUUUCUCAAUUCAUGACAAAUUAGGAGAAGGCGGUUUUGGCUCCGUUUAUAAGGGUGUUUUCUAUGAGGGAACGGAGAUAGCAGUGAAAAGGCUAUCGAGGCAGUCGAGCCAAGGAAGUGAGGAAUUCAAAAAUGAAGCUUUGUUGAUUGCAAAACUCCAACACAGGAAUCUUGUCAGGGUUCUUGGUUAUUGUAAUCAACAAGAAGAAAAGAUGUUAAUCUAUGAAUACUUGCCAAACAAGAGCCUGGACUUUUUUAUUUUUGAUGAGGAGAAAAGGAAAAUCCUAGACUGGAGUAAACGUUUUGACAUAAUUCGUGGAAUUGUUAGAGGGAUGUUGUAUCUUCAUGAAGAUUCAAGAUUAAGAAUCAUUCAUAGAGAUUUGAAAGCUAGCAAUAUUCUUCUAGAUGCCGACUUGAAACCCAAAAUUUCAGAUUUUGGUAUGGCUAGAAUAUUUGAAGGAGAUGAGCUUGAAGCAAAUACAAAUCGAGUGGUUGGAACAUAUGGUUAUAUGUCACCGGAGUAUGCAAUGGAAGGGAGAUUUUCAUUCAAGUCAGAUGUGUAUAGCCUUGGGGUUUUGAUUCUCGAGAUUGUUACUAGAAGAAAGAACAUUGGCUAUCGCUGUGUGAAUCCAACAGGCUCAUCAAAUUUGAUUGGACAAGUUUGGGAUUUGUGGAAUGAAGGCAGAGCUUUGGAAAUAGUGGACUCAUCAUUGGAUGAAUUAUUUGGUGGUGAAGCUUUGAGAUGCAUGACAAUAGGGUUGUUAUGCGUGCAAGACAAUGCCUGUGAUCGACCCACCAUGUUAGAAGUUGCUGUCAUGUUGGGUAAUGAAGCAGGUCUGCCUACCCCAAAACAGCCUGCAUUUGUUUUUAAAAGAGGUUACACUUCAAAUGGAGACCCAUUAACUAGUGAAGGAUUCAACUCUGUAAAUCAUGUGACAUGCAGCAUGAUACAACCUCGCUGAAUGCGUACUUAGUUUUUGGCCUAUUGGGGUAAUGCACUGCGGUGCAAAGCUCUGGGGCAGUUUUAUCCCGCAUUAAAUGGUAAAUCGUUCUGGUUUGAAAACCGCCUCAUCUAUUAAUAAAAUAAUUGAAUAUAUUUCAGUAUAUAUAAAUACACACUCGAUAUCCUAGUUACAUUUUAUCAUUAUAUUUUACACUUUAUAAAAUAUGCAAUCCAAAUAAAUGCAUGUAUAUAUAUAUAUAUAUGAGUACAUAAUCAUCAACUCAACAUUAAGAUUGUUCAUUGUUAUCCCAAAAAUUGACAUGUCUGAUGUGGCACCAAAAUUGGACACGUGGAGUAGGCUAGGCAGACCCCCCGACAUGUUGGUCGGUGUAUACCUGCAAGGUAUACGGCUCGGUGGGAUAAGCAGUUUACAGACACCACAGGAAUCACCCAACCACCCGCAAAGAGCGCCUAACCACCCUAAAAACUCGGUCAAGGCUCCUGAAGAAUAGGUCAGCAACCACUUGCAAGAAUGUAGGGAUAUUUCUCCAUCAGUUAUGCUCAAGUGCAACCCUUGGGCGAGAGAGACAGUAUAGAUACAAACACUCCACCAAAGUGGAGGAGGUUCACGAAGAUAGCCUACUGAUCAGCACCAAAAACAUACCGAGCAGCCUGCUUUGGUACUUAGCAGUGAUUUUUCCAUUUUGUAUUGUCUUUUACACCUAAAAAUCUACUUGUAUUCACGGGUUAUCUUGUGUAAACCUAUAAGAUCAAUACAAAUCUAAGAGGAAGUAGGUUAUUACCAUUUCUUGGGGCUGAAGCUCUAUAAUUCUGGUGAUCUUUAUUAUUUAUUGUUCAUCAUUACUAGGUUCUUAGUUCAUUUAUUGUUGAUUUAUUGUCUAAUUGAAAGCUCUCGAAUUAAUUAUUU